CUCCCUCUGUUUCAUUUUACUAGGGCCACAUUAACUUGACACAUCCGUUAAGAAAGCUUUAUGUGCUCAUUCUUCAAAAGGGCACAAAGAUAUGGAGAAAAAUAUGUAUCUAACAAGUCUAGUAGUUCUAAUACUUCUGUUGCCAUAUGUAAAUGCAGCCUUGUCAGGGUCUAAAUGUCCUAAACCUAGCAAGCACUUUGUGCUAGUUCACAAGGCAGGCAAUGGAGCCUGGUCUUGGUACAAGAUUGUGGCGUUAAUGAGAUCUUCAGGACAUAAUGUCACCGCUAUUGACUUGGGUGCUUCAGGAAUCAACCCUAAGAAGGUCCUCCAAGUCCAACACUUACCCGAUUACUUUGGUCCAUUAAUGAAGUUCAUGGCUUCUCUUCCAGCACAUGAAAAAGUGGUUCUUGUAGGCCAUAGCCAUGGUGGAUUAGCCAUAUCUAAAGCCAUGGAAAAUUUUCCCGAAAAGAUUUCAGUUGCUGUAUUUGUCACUGCUCUAAUGCCUGGUCCAAAUCUCAACGCAACCACCGUCUACAUUGAGUCAUCUAAGGGAGUGUUAUCUGCACUUGAUAAUCGUGUGACAUAUGAUAAUGGACCUACCAAUCCUCCAACCACCUUCCUUGAUGGUCCAAAGUACUUGGCCGCUUAUGUUUACCAGCUGAGCCCAAUUGAGGAUUUGACGUUGGCCACUACACUAGUAAGGCCAAUAUACUUAUACAGUGCAGAAGAUGUUGGAAAGGAGAUAGUUCUUUCAAGCCAAAGGUAUGGAUCAGUUAGGCGAGUGUUCAUUGUUGCUGCUAAAGAUAAAUUUCUAAAGAAGGAAUUUCAACUACAAAUGAUUGAAAAGAAUCCACCUGAUGAAGUGAAAGCGAUACAGGGCUCUGACCAUAUGGUCAUGAUGUCUAAGCCCCUUCAACUUUUUACUCUUAUUAUGAGCAUUGCUCACAAAUGACGACGCAACUUUUCAUUACAUAUCCAAGAAUAAAUCUUCAUUGAAAUAAUUUAAUCUACAUGACUGCACAGCCGAGGAGGGAAGCAGCAAUUCACAUAUCUGAUGCAUUUUGUAUGGCGAUCUCAUGAAUUCUUUUAUGGAAGCCCCAAUGUCGAGUUAGUUAAUUAGAUAUCUCAAUCAUUUUCUUUCAGCUGUUAUGUUUCGUUGUACAGUGUUUGGAACUGACAUUAAUAAACAACCUCUAUUUCCUCUAA